UGCAAUGACCAGAAUGUUCUUACUUAGCUGACAUUUUUAAUAGGUCAUUUGCGAUUCUUGAGGUUUAGUAGAAUAUAGAUGAAGAAGCAGCUGAAGCCCAAUUUGGUAAUAUCACUCUCUUUUUCAUCUUCCUCUCUUUCCCGCCAACACAAACCGUCACUGUUCCAUUUUCAUACCAGAGCCCACCUCGUUGAAAAGCUCCAAACUUGUAAGGAUUUAACCUCUGCAAAUUCGACCCACUCCAACGUAGUCAAAUCCGGUUUGUCAAAUGACACUUUUACCAUCAACCAUCUUAUUAGCUGCUAUCUGAGGCUUUUUAGAAUCGACCAUGCACGAAAACUGUUCGAUGGAAUGCUUCACCGUAAUGUAGUAUCAUGGACUUCGCUUAUGGCUGGUUAUGUCAGCCAGGGUCAACCCAAUAUGGCACUUUGGCUCUUCCAUCAGAUGCAGGGAACCUUAGUUCUGCCCAACGAAUUUACAUUUGCCACUCUCAUCAAUGCAUGUUCUAUCCUUGCCAACCAUGAGAUUGGAAGAAGAAUUCAUGGUCUUGUUGAGGUUUUGGGUUUUGGGUCCAAUCUUGUUGUGCGUUCUUCCCUCAUUGAUAUGUAUGGGAAAUGCAACCAUGUUGAUGAGGCUCGGCUGAUUUUUUACUCCAUGUGUGUAAGGAAUGUGGUUUCUUGGACUUCCAUGAUCACCACGUAUUCUCAGAAUGCACAAGGUCACCAUGCUCUACAACUCUUUAGGGAAUUCAUUCAUUUGAGGUUAGACAAACCUAAUCAUUUCAUGUUGUGCAGCGCAAUCACUGCUUGUGCAAGUUUGGGAAGCCUAGGUUCGGGGAAAAUCACUCAUGGGAUGGUCAUCCGUCUUGGGCAUGAUGCAAAUGAUGUCAUUGAUAGUGCACUUGUGGACAUGUAUGCCAAAUGUGGUUGUGUUAAUUAUUCUUACAAAGUCUUUAGGAGAGUCCAAAAUCCUUCAGUGAUUCCCUAUACUUCAAUGAUUGUGGGUGCUGCAAAGUAUGGACUUGGGACAUUGUCUCUACAACUAUUUCAAGAAAUGAUUGAUAGAGGAAUAAAACCCAAUGAUAUCACCUUUGUUGGGGUCUUACAUGCUUGCAGCCAUUCAGGGCUUGUAGAUAAAGGACUUGAGCUCCUUAACUCUAUGAAUGGGAAAUAUGGGGUGAUGCCCGAUGCAAAGCAUUAUACAUGCAUUGCAGAUAUGCUAGGUCGAGUUGGGCGUGUUGAAGAAGCAUACCAGUUAGCAAAAUCAGUUCAAGUUGAACUCCAGGGAUAUGCCUUGUUGUGGGGGACACUUCUUUCAGCUAGUAGACUUCAUGGUAGAGUAGACAUUGCCCUUGAAGCUAGCAAUCGGCUAAUAGAAUCAAACCAACAAGUAGCGGGUGCAUAUGUUAUAUUGUCCAAUACAUAUGCAUUGGCAGGGGAUUGGGAAAAUGCUCAUAAUCUACGAUCUGAAAUGAAGCGCACUGGAGUUAGCAAGCAACCUGGCAGCAGUUGGAUUGAGAUAAAGGAAUCAACUUAUUUGUUCCAUGCUGGAGAUGUCUCUAAAUGUACUCAAGGGAGGGAGAUACUGAGUUUGCUAAGGGAAUUGGAAGAGAGAAUGAAGGAAAAAGGUUAUGUAGGAGGGACUACAGGGUUGGUGUUUGUUGAUGUGGAAGAGGAGGCCAAAGAGGAAAUUCUGAGUUUGCACAGUGAGAAACUUGCCUUGGCGUUUGGAUUAAUAAACACACCUAAAGGAGUUACGAUCAGAAUAAUGAAGAACUUGAGAAUGUGCAGGGAUUGUCAUGAGACCUUCAAGCUGAUUAGUAAUAUUGUAGAGAGAGACUUCAUUGUGAGAGAUGUGAAUAGAUUUCAUCAUUUCAAAGAUGGAUUAUGCACUUGCGGAGAUUUUUGGUAA